UGGCCACCGCCAGCUCUUCUGAAAAUGGCGAAGAUAUUCCAUGACAUUUGCGUUGAAAAAACUGGCGUAACUGAAGAGGCGAUCAAGGAAUUCAGCGACGGUCAGAUACACGAAGAUGAGGCGCUCAAAUGUUAUAUGAAUUGUCUGUUCCAUGAAAUCGAUGUGGUGGACGAUAAUGGUGAUGUGCAUUUGGAAACGUUAUACAACACCGUGCCGGGUACUGUGCGUGAUAAACUGAUAAACAUGGCAAAGGAUUGCGUGCAUCCGCAGGGCGAUACGCUUUGUCACAAGGCUUGGUGGUUCCAUCAGUGCUGGAAGAAGGCCGAUCCUGUGCAUUACUUCCUGCCUUAAAUUUCUUGGCACAAGCUGAUAUCUUGUAUGUUCCGGCAUAUCGUUGUCACCGACUUCUUGUACCAUCAAAAACUUUGACGACAGAACCUUAGAAAAGGCCAGUUGUGUGGAUAAAAUAAAAGUUUAUGUAGAGUUUUUCUUUUAUUUAGUUAAGUAAAAUUUUAUUUUAUUAAAGCAUUACAAAA